AUGUCUCUCUCCCAGUGGGAGAACGACCAGCAGAGAAGCCUGGAGGAGCGAGGCCGCCUGCUGCUCUGUCUGCAGUUCCUCCCACCGGCCAGUGGGGGCGACGCAGAGCAGCAGCCCAAGGAGCGGGUGAAGGGGGGGCUGAGUGUGGGGGUCAAGCGGUGCGCCCAUCUGGCGGCGAUGGACGUAAACGGGUUCUCUGACCCCUACGUUAAGACGUACCUGAAACCAGAUCUGCAGAAGAAAUCCAAACACAAAACAUCUGUCAUCAAGAAGACCCUGAACCCUGAAUUUAAUGAGGAGUUUUUUUAUGAGAUCUCCUUCAGUGAUUUAACCUCUAAGACCCUAGAGGUCACAGUGUGGGACUACGACCUCGGCAAAUCCAAUGACUUCAUAGGGGGCGUGUCCCUCGGUUGUCACUCACAGGGGGACAGCCUUCAGCAUUGGGUGGACUGUCUGAAGAACAAGGGCACCAAGGUGGAGCGCUGGCACACACUGACCAAUCAGCUGCCGGGAUCCACACUGCAGGACUAGAUCGGCCAAUCACUGCCUAGCGCUGGGCCUGUGGCAUGAUGUCACUCACGUCAUCCGUGCUCCAUGUUUUGUUCGGGUUUUAAACAAACCCUGUAUCCAUGGUAACCGUCUCAGAAGGAUGGAUCAAACAGUUGUAAAGUCCGAAACUAAGUCAAAAAGUGAGCCACCAACAGGGGGUGGGGCUGUUUUGAGGUUCAAUCUCUCUUCAAAGAGCUGAAAACACACGGGCGGUUCGUGGGGAGAGUUAAUCUAUAAAGAAUGCAUUAUAAACGGUAAUCUGUUCUCAAAAGGAACGCAUGAGCAUGUGAACCGGUGUGUGCAUCCGUAGAGGAGCAAAAACGUCAACUAAUUAUCUGUCACGGAAACAUGUGUACGUUCGUCUGGGAGCGCGGCUGUGUCUUGGAAGAUAUGAUUACUCCUCAUUAUCCCCGCGAGGGGAUUGGUGUCUUCGUUAAUUGGUUGAUUGGUUCCGCAGGCCUCACUCAACAUGCGCUCCAUUACGUUCGAUCGUCGGUUUCGUUCAGACUAACUGCCUGCAGAUGCUAUGUUGUUUGUGGUUUGUGUGCAUGUUCUAAAGAAUGUCCAGAGAGCAAUAUAGACCAACAGAACUCUGAAUUGGUACGUCUCUAAUUUUAAAUAGCUGUAUUAUCCUCAACCUUUUGAGAUUGUGAAAGGUACUUGGUGGGAUUUUCAAUAAAUUGUAGAUUUUUUUUAUCUAAAUUGGGCGAAUCAAAUCGGCACUGUGCCUAUCCCUUUGGGUUCGACGUUUCUUUUACUUAUUUUAUUUUUCUGUUUGGUCAAACAGAACAUAGUAGUUCAUAUGCAAAUAAUUACUGAUGUGUAUACUUGUGUUUGUUUGUCUACUUAACCUCUGAUGUGCAUGAUACGUUUUCAAUGAAAAAUAUGUUCCUGAAAUAUA